GUGAUAUUUUAUUCAUUGUUGGGAUUGCCUUCAUGGAAUCAGUUUAAAAUUUCUGUCAUUUCAAUAAUUUAGAGAAAUUUUAAGAAAAUUUGGCGAAUGUUGAAGUAAAUAAGUAAUUUCACCGGUGGGAAAAAUGGAAGAAAAAGAGAACAGAAAUGACCUUUUAAGUGACAAAAGUACUGCUAAUAAUGAUGUAGAUUUUUGUUCAUUUUACUAUAGAGCUGUUAAACGACUGUUAGAUAUUGACAGCAAAGAAAAUGUUUCGUAUUUAUAUCGUUAUGCCAAAAUAUUCCAUGAAUAUUACGACUUUUUUUGUCAAGUGAGACCGGCUCCUGAAGACCGAGAUGACGCAAUAAUAAAAUUGCUUAGAAGCUCUUUAUAUUACAAACUAAUGUAUGUGUACAAAAAUGCUACUUUAUUAUCAAGUGCUAUUGCGUUUCACUUUUGGAAUGUUUAUAAACAAAAUCCAAAUGUUCUUGAAAAACUUAUAAAGAAAAAAAUAGUGAAGAUAUGUUCGAUUGGUGGCAGCUCUGCUCCUGACAUUGUUGCCGUAAUUACGGUUCUGAAAUCUAUUGCUUUAAAAAAUAACAUUGAACUUGACUUUAGAGUCACAGUUAUAGAUUUCUAUAAAGAUUGGAAGAAUACGUGCAUCACAGUCUUAAGAUGCCUUGAAGAGUUUUGCGAAGGAACUUGGAAGAUAAAUUUUAUUCGAAGUAACCUGGCAAAUACGAAUGCUUGGACACCAGAGACAUUGAAAGCCAUCCAAGAAGCUGAUAUUAUAACUAUGGUAAAAUUCAUCUCGAAGUAUGACAAUAAGAAAAACAUUGUUGAAAUGAUCUGUGACGAGAUAAAAUCUGAAGCGAUAUUCUUUGUUCUUGAUCACCCUGUAACGAGACUCAUAGAACUUUUCUUAAGCAUUUGUGAUUUGGGUGGACUUUAUUUAAUUGAUGUCGAAUUGUGUGAUUGCCAUACUCUUGAACUUGAAGCAGUGAAGCAAUUACGAACUUUGUACCAGAAGCACUUUGGGAACGAAAAACUGCUUAGAAGCAAUGUUUCUUGUAAUCUUUUUGUUAGCGUAUGGCUAAAAGCUUCAUCAGAAACAGACACAAAACUCAAGGACAAUCUUGAAUGCGUAUUUCAAACGAAUACUGAAAAAUUCAAUCCAAAACAGACCUUUUUGAGCAAUCCUGCUUUUACUAAAUGGGAAAAGUUGUUUAUAAAAAAGAAGCAAUCAGCUGGUUGGAGCGCAAAAAGGAUCAAGGAAUAUGUGCAGAAGGAAAAGGGAAAAAGAAGCAAUAUAUUUGGGAAAUUUAUUCAUGAGAAAAAAGGCGUGGAUUCACUUCAAAAUCAGUUGUUAACCCAAGUUCAUUUAUUAGAAAAUGAUGGUGAAGAAUUCAGUGAUAUAAAUGAAAAGUCGCUGGAUGAUUAUUUGGUACAGAAAAGACAGUAUUCAUUAAUAAAGAAAAAUGCUUAUUUUGCUUCACUUUCUGGCAAUAAUUUAUAUUCUGUAACUGAAUAAAUCGCAUUCCAUAAUUGAAUAAAUUGCAUUCUAUAAUUGAAUAAAUUACAUUCUAUAAUUAAAUAAAUUAUAUUCUAUAGUUUAAUAAAUUGCAUUCUAUAUUU